AUGACCUUUCAGGCAGAAAGUCAAGAGGGGAACAACAAUGAAAUGCAGCAGAAGAGAAAUUUCUCUGCUUUUGCGUCCCUGGGCCUGCUGGAUCGUUUCCUCGCCGUCUGGAUAUUCCUGGCUAUGGCUGUUGGCAUCAUUCUUGGCAACUUUGUCCCGUCAAUGUCACCAGCACUAGAAAAGGGGACAUUUGUUGGCGUAUCCAUACCAAUAGGCAGCUAUUGGGUUGUUGGUAAUGAUCUUGCUCUUUCAUGGGCGUUUCUUCCUGAUAAAAGUGCUCUUCGCAGCGGCCUCAUUCUCGUAGGUUUAGGAAGAUGUAUUGCCAUGGUCUUGAUCUGGAAUGCUCUCGCUGGAGGCAACAAUGACUAUUGCGCCAUUCUAGUUGCGGUCAACUCUAUUCUUCAGAUGGUUCUCUUCGCACCACUUGCCAUCUUCUUCAUCCGUGUCAUUAGCCACGAAGAUGUUGGUUCCAUCUCUUAUUCUGUCGUUGCAACUAGUGUGGCUGCCUUUCUGGGCAUUCCCCUCGGCGCAGCUGUGUUCACAAGAUUUACGCUGCGGUUCCUCGCAGGGCCAGCAUGGUAUGACCGCGUCUUUAUUCGCUUUGCCUCGCCCUGGUCGCUCAUUGGACUCUUAUACACCAUUUUGGUCCUCUUUGCUGCUCAAGGCCACCAAGUAGUGCAUCAAGUUGUUUCGGUUGUCCGCGUUGCAGCGCCGCUCAUUGUGUAUUUUACUAUUGUAUUCUUUACGACCGUAAGCAUUUGCCGAAUGCUAGGCUUCGAAUACCAAUUCCUUGUCACGCAAAGCUUUACAGCAGCAAGUAACAACUUUGAGCUGGCCAUCGCAGUGGCGGUAGCGACCUUUGGUCCAAAUAGCGAUCAGGCAUUGGCCUCCACUGUAGGACCGUUGAUCGAAGUGCCGGUUUUGCUGGGAUUGGUGUAUGCCCUUCGAUGGAUUGCUGGUAGGCGGGGUUGGAAAUAA